UCCUUCCCCUUCAUCCGAAGAGCCGCCAGCCAGGGCAGCGGUGGCCACAGCAGGCGGGGACAGCCAGUCCACAUGGCUGGGGACACCGGGAUGGCCGGGAAGGUGGCACUGCUCCUGUGGGCCCAGACCCUCGGCCUCGCUGGUGCCCAGACCACCCAGCUCCUCGUGGAGCCCCGCUGGAGGCCAGCAGUGCUGUGGGACCGGGUGACACUGACCUGCCAGGGCUCGGGGACCGCCGGUGCCACCACCUGGUACAAGGACGGGCAGCGCUGGGGGCAGCAGGGACACGAUCACAUCACUGUCACCGAGAGUGGCACCUACACGUGUGACAGACCCGGCAGUGGGCACAGCCGCCAUGUGAAAGUCUUAGAUGACCAGCUGGUGCUGCAGGUGCCGACACGGACACUGCUGGAGGGAGACACGGUGACAUUGCGCUGCCAGUGCAGGCAGGGCAACCCGGUCAGCUCGGUGUUCUUCUACCAUGAGGAGAAGGAAUUGGUGGAGUUCCAAAAUGGGACCGAGCUGUUCCUGUCCCAUCUGCAGCUGCACCACAGCGGCCGCUACCGCUGCAGGGGCUGGGUGAACUCCAGGGUAGCACAGGGAUGGGAGGAUUCGGCACCGGUGACAGUGACAGUGCACGGUGAGCACCCCACAGCCGCCACCCCAACAGCCCCACAGCUCUUCCCCAGGAACUGGGGGUCACCAGCCCCACCAGCGCCCAUUUCCUGCCCUGAGCCCUUCCCUGUGCCAGUGCUGGAAGUUCCCCCCGAGCCCACUGAGGGGUCCCCCCUGACUCUCAGCUGCCUCAGCACCCCCAGCCCCCUGUGGCCCUGAGCCCCCCUCCUGCACGUGUUCUACCGGGAUGGGCAGGUGGUGGGGGUCCCGCAGGGGUCC